AUGGCAGACUGCGGCUUCAUCCCACUUCCCCUCUGCAUUCAGUGUGGCACUGAUCAGAACCCUUGUCACGUCAAGGUCGUCGGCCCAACACUAGGAUUCGCAGUCGGCGUCGUCAUGGCAAUUGUCUGCUGGCCGGCCUCAAUUUUCUGCGGCUGCUGUGCGACAGAGACUGGCAAAAAGAUGCUUGGUGCACCGGCCGACACGUCUGGAGCAGUUGGUAAUGCCAUACCCUUCUGA